AAAUGUGUUUUUUAGUAUUUAUUUUUCAACGUGUUUAUCAGAAGCAGGCGCUAAAACAAACGUGUUAAGUUAAGCAAUUAAUCGGUGUUUCGGAAAGAUAUUUCCAGUUUUCUUCGACGCAUUUAACUUUUAUCCCCUGGAAUCAUGAAUGUGCUUACCAGAGUUCUUAGGGUACCAGUCAUCAAGCAACUUUCAUUGACAAUAUCGCCAUCACGAAACAUUGUCGGUAAGAGAGAGUUUACUAGAACACUAUGGAACAUGUGCCGGCCAGAAAAUGUCGACCGGAAGUUCCUUAAACCUAGUAUGGCUUGUUCCUGCGGUUGCGGGGGGUUCAAUCAUAUUCACACAAAAGGCGAACGAGAGCUGGUGGAGUUUCUAACAGAGGAAAUAGUGGCAGAGAAAAAAGCACAGAAGAAAAAAACGCUUCCCUCUGAAAUCGAUGGUUUUAAAAUCAAACUGAACGGCGCAGACGUUGAGAUGGAAAAGAAAACUGACAAAGAGAGAAUAAUUGUAAAUUUCAAUGUCAAUCAUACAGUCGACGCUGAAGACGAAGCGGAAAUCGAAGCUACUGCAGAUAAACCAGAAUUUGCCGAAAUGAGAAGUAAACCGCAAUUUGAGAUUGACAUUGUUAAAGGUUCACAAACGUUGAGCUUUACUUGUUCUUUUCUGCAAGGAGAAGCACAGGAGGGUGAAUACAAUGAUGUUUUCGGCAUUGAUGAGAUAACUCUUUUUGAAGGAGAGUGGAAUGAUAAAAUUUACGCAGUUGCUGGAGAUGUUCUUGAUGGAUAUCUGUACGAUUUGCUGAUGAACUUACUGGAAGAAAAAGGAAUAAGUAACGAGUUCGUGGAAAAGCUAUCCGACUUCAGUACACAAUACGAACAUUCGUCUUAUAUUAAGUUACUCGAAAGCAUUUCAACUUUUACUAUUGAUAAGAAAUAAUUUAAUUACAGAUAAAUCAAAUAAAAAAAAUGUAGUACCGUUCGACAAA